CUUGCACCGCCGGAUUCACAAGCUAGGCGUUAUGCAAUACAAGAUAUUCCUGUUCGCCCUAGUGGCGCUGAUAGCACUAGUUGCGGCGGAAGAGAAGAAGGCCACGGAAGAGAAGUCGGCAGUGGAGAAGUCAGACUCGGAAGCGGUGGAAGACAAGAAACAGGAGAAGAGAGGUUUGUUCGGGUUCGCCCACGGGUAUGGAGGACUGGAUGAAGGCUACGGCGGAUAUGGUGGAGGUAUCGAGCUCGGAGGCUACGGAGGCGGAGGCUACGGGGGUGGAGGCUACGGGGGUGGAGGCUACGGGGGUGGAGGCUUCGGCAGUGGAGGCUACGGAGGCGGGAGCUAUGAGGCUACUGGAGGCUACGGUCAUGGCGGUUACGGUCACGAAGAACAUGUCAAGGCCAUCACUGUCACUAAGCAUGUCCCAGUUCCACAUCCAGUAUAUAUAGAGAAGAAAGUCCCAUACCCAGUAAAGGUCCCUGUCGAUAGGCCAUACACAGUCCACGUACCUAAACCCUACACCGUGCAUGUCGAGAAGCCUGUCCCAUACCCCGUCAAGGUUCCCGUUCCCCAGCCCUACACCGUCCAUGUCGAGAAGCCCGUUCCAGUUCCAGUCAAGGUCCCUGUUGACCGUCCCUACCCCGUUCAUGUACCCAAGCCCUACCCUGUCUACGUAGAGAAGAAAGUCCCUUACACUGUUGAGAAGCACAUCCCUUACCCAGUCAAAGUCCCUGUGGAUCGUCCAUACACCGUCCACGUACCUGUAGAGAAGCCAGUGCCCUACCCUGUAGAGAAGCCUGUACCUUACCCCGUCAAGGUCCCAGUCGACAGGCCUUAUCCUGUCCACGUGCCCAAGCCCUACCCUGUAACAGUCGAGAAGCCUGUGCCUUACCCCGUAGAGAAGCCUUACCCAGUCAAGGUGCCCGUCAAGGUACCAGUCAAAGUACCUUACCCAGUGGAAGUUAAGGUGCCCGUCCACAUCCCAGUACCUGUGAAGCAUCACUAUGAGCAUGACUAUGGCGGUGGCUACGAGAGCUAUGGAAGCGGUUCCGAAGGAGGUUAUGGAGGAAGCUACGGAGGAGGAUACGGAGGUGGCAGUUCUUCUUACUCCUCCCACACAUACCAUCAUUAACUACGUUACCUCGACUGCUGUUACCAUUACUGAACUCCUUUAUACUUUUGUAAUAUAUGUGUAUAGUUUACUUUUUAAAAAUACGAAUUUUUAGUAAAUAAACUGGUUUUAUA